UGCGAGCGGGCGGAGCCGGCCCUCGCUUCCGCGCCGCUGGGAGCCGGGGCCCCGCGGGAGGGCACGGAGGCGGCCAUGGAGCUGAGAGGAGCGGGGCGGGGAGGAGCUGCCACCGCUGCAGGCGCGGGGCAUGAAGCAGCAGCGGCAGCAGCAGCGAUCCCGGCCCGGCUGCUAAGGCAGGCCCCGGCAUAGCCGCCGCCGCAGCCGCCCGCUCGGCCCCGGGGCCGCAGAGCCGGUUGAGAAACGCCGAGUCCACCCUGCUGCAGGAGGUGGGAUCCGCGCUGCCAGAGACCAGCCUGGCGUGACAGCACUUUGUUAGGAAAACAGACUGGGGGCCCUCCCUUUAGGGAGAAAGUUGAUGGGGACCCGCGGAGCCUGGAGACCUUUCUUGCUCUUGAUGGGAGUGCGCGGUGAGCCCAAAUUCAGGGAGUGGCAGAAUACAGCGCUGGCAUGAAACUCCUUCCCUAGAGGUGAUCUCAGCAGGCCUUCACUUUGUCUGGUUCUCAUUUUUGGCUUGCUGAAGACCAACAAAAUGUGGUGGCCACUUACACACUGAAUAAGAGGUCUGGCUGGCUUUAUGGUGCCGUGCAAUGUUGGGGCAGAUAAUGAAUGAGCACAGGAAAAGAAAAGCAAGCAAAGAGAUGGUGAGGAAGCUUUUCUUAAGAAAAACGGGGUGGGACCCGAAUGAGGAGGAGGAGACCAGGAACAGACUGAACAGUCCCAGCAUACAACAGGCAGGUCACUUAAUCAGCUACACAAAGGAGUUUGUUGUUGGGAUAAGCAGAUAUGAGUCCAAUUGAAGUCAAGUGGAGUUGCACCUGAUUAUUGAAGGGCUGAAUUCGGACUUACCAGAGUGUAUAGAUUUCCUCCAGAAGUAAAGAUAGCUUCACAUCGCCCUUCAGGGGCAGCAGGAAGCUGCCGAGGUCUUAUAUGGCUCCUAUCUGACAACAUGCACCACCAGUGGUUGCUGUUAGCUGCAUGCUUUUGGGUGAUAUUCAUGUUCAUGGUUGCUAGCAAGUUCAUCACAUUAACUUUUAAAGACCCAGAUGAAUAUGGUGCCAAGCAAGAACCAUUAAUGCUAACAGCUAUGACAAAAGUGGAGAAGGUACAAGUACCAGAGGAGAAACGUUUGCCUGAAGAAUUCCAGCCAACUGGAAAAGCGCUUUCUGGAAAUCUGAUGCACCAACCUCUGAUCCAUAUGGAAAGACUUGAGCUUCUACAGAAUGUUUGCAGAGACGUAGCCCUGAGAAAUCUUUCUCAUACUACAGUUUCCAAGUUCAUCUUGGACCGAAUAUUUGUGUGUGACAAGCACAAGAUCUUGUUCUGUCAGACUCCAAAAGUGGGCAACACUCAAUGGAAAAAAGUCUUAAUCGUGUUAAAUGGAGCAUUUUCUUCCAUAGAAGAGAUUCCAGAGAACAUUGUGCAUGACCACGAGAAGAAUGGCCUACCACGCUUAUCUUCUUUCAGUGACUCUGAAAUACAGAAAAGAUUGAAUUUAUACUUCAAGUUUUUUAUUGUAAGAGAUCCAUUUGAGAGACUUAUUUCUGCAUUUAAGGACAAGUUUGUCCACAAUCCUCGAUUUGAACCCUGGUAUAGGCAUGAAAUUGCUCCUGGUAUUAUCCGGAAAUAUAGGAAGAAUCGCACAGAGACUAGGGGGCUGCAGUUCGAGGACUUUGUGCGUUAUUUGGGUGAUCCUAAUCACCGAUGGCUAGAUGUUCAGUUUGGGGAUCACAUCAUUCAUUGGGUAACGUAUGUGGAACUUUGUGCUCCGUGUGAAAUAUCAUACACUGUGAUUGGACAUCAUGAAACUCUAGAGGAUGAUGCUCCGUAUAUCUUGAAAGCAGCAGGAAUAGACCAUCUGGUAUCCUAUCCCACGAUUCCACCAGGCAUAACAACAUACAACAAAACAAAAGUAGAGCGCUAUUUCUCAGGAAUUAGCAAGCGAGAUAUAAAACGCCUGUAUGCCCGUUUUGAAGGAGACUUUAAACUAUUUGGAUAUCAAGAGCCAGAUUUCUUGCUAAACUGACACCUAGAUUAAGCUGGGAAGAAGUAUCUAUUAAAUUAGACUAUGGCAUAUGAACAUCAGCUGCCACACUGGCUGAACUGAGACUGACCAUUAUUUUCUAUCUUUUUGACUUUGCUCCAUUUUUGGUGGAAUAUUUGUGGACAGUUAGGGACUCCGUGUUAUUUACUGACCAUAUUUUCAGCAUACAACAUUGCAGUCUGUUAAGAAUGAAUCUAUGUUGUCUAAGAUAUAAAAUGCCACCUAACCCUUCUUCCUUCAGGGAGAAAGAGGAGGGACCAAUAGGUUAUAAAAGAAAGUAAAAUAGAAUGCAACUGAAAAAUGUUGUAAAGAAGGCGGUUCACUGGAGGUUAACUUUAGGCUCAGCUUAUGAAAUUUGUGUAGUGUUGAUGCUUACUAUUUACCAGACAGAACUGUGGAGUCUCCCACAAGCUAUGAAAACUAGAGGCCAGUAUAGGACCAAUAAUAAAUGCGCUAGAGACAAACAAAAGAUGUCCAGAUUCUGUUAUGUGAUUAUUGUAAAGGUUGUGCUGAUCUAAUCUCAUUUUUGGUUUUGGUUUUUUGUUUUUGCCACACAUGAAAAAUUAUUCAAACUUAACAGAAGUUUUAGUUCUAUCCAGGAAGGGCUGAUUUCAGAGGCCUUUUGUCUUUAUUCCUGUGUCCAUAGUGCUACCUGUCCUUAUGCAGGUUUAUCAUGCCUCACAGUUGUUAUACUUUUGUUUUAAUUGUUGACAUCCAAGUUCGUAAGAUGUCCAAACACUUCAGAUACAAAUGGAGCAUAGUUUCCAAGAAGAAAUAUAGGACUGUUGGGGAAGUGAGUUAAAGUAAAGCUAAAUGUAUUUGCAAGAGCAAUAUAAAAGCCAAGACCUGCUCUUUAAAUACUGUGCAUUUUAACUUGGUUUAUUUUCUAACUGUACAAGCUGCUAAGUUUAUUUAAUAAAGUUGUGAAAAGAAGAAAGCAUGUAAGAGUUGCCAUAAUAAAUUGGACUAAUGCUCCAUCCCAUUCCAGUACCCUGCCUUUCAGCAGUGAUCAGUAUCUGGCGCUUCAGAAGAAAGGGAAAUCUCCUUCCCAAAAUGCUCUUCCCCAGUCCUAAAGAGGGAGGAUUUGCUCUUGAUGCUUCCAGGUAAUUGUUGGCUGCAGUUUUCUAAAAUGAGUGUCCAAACUUUGUGUCACCUUUAGGUAACUGAGCAACUUGCCAUGUAUUUAAGAAUUGCACUUAGUUUUAAAGUUGAGACUAAAUGAACAUAAGCAUAACAUUUACGUGCUUGUGUAUUGUUUCUGUUUGAUUAAGAGAAAUCUUUGUAUUCACCAGCAAUGAAAACUUGCAGUUGAUCAGCUUAACUCCUGCAGUUAAUGGGAGAAGAAAGCCAAAGCAGCAUUUGAAGAUUCAGUGAUCAUGUUUUGGUUCUUGAGCUGCACUUGAGACACUGCAGAUCUAAAGGAUGGAUUUUGAAUAUUGAUAUGAUAUCCAGGAUCAUAUAAUGAUGGUCAGUGUGGAGUGAGCCUUCUUUCUUAUGUCUAGCCCCAUGUAUGUUUUGAUAGCUGCCUGUGGUGAGACCAAGGAAGCAUCUUGCAUUUAUAAACUUGGGGAAAAAAAGAAUGUCCGUGCCAAAAUUGACAUGUGCUGCUGUCCACAAAAAGAAAACCCUGUAGUAGCUGAAGCAUCUUGACAGUGUGCGUGAUGUACAGAAGAAUCAUUUACUGUCCAUUAUUAACAAGAGAACAGUUCAAGGUGGCAAAGCUUGAAGGGCUCUUGUAUUUCUUGAAAAAAGCAGCAGUUAUUAUGUCCUAGAUUUGUUAGUUCUUCACUGAUAAUUAAAGGAUAUUAAUAGCCCAAUUACUAUUUAUAUGAUGUCUUAGCAAAGUAUAUUGCUAAAUGCAUUUCAGAACUAAUGAGCUGAUUGAUUACCUCUGCUGAAUAAAACUGUAACAGUUUGAAUAAUGUAUAGAAUAUUAAGGCCUUAAAGUUUAGUCUUAAUAAAGAUGAAGUACAAUUUCUGUGUCUCCAGCAAAAGAUACUGAUCACACAGAA